CCAAACAGGCUUUGCACUUGGGGCCAAAGCCCAAUAAUAAUCUGUUAUCGACCCGUUUGAUAUGAGCGCAUUCGGGUGGAGUAGCGUGAAAUCACCGCGCAAUUCCUCUCGUACUCCGCCAGAGUCUAUUGGCCGGCAACUUCUAAACUCGAAACAGCUUUUCUUCAAAAAAUCUAAAAAAAAAAUUCCAAAGCCUAAUCCUGUGUCAUUUGAUGGCCGAUUCUAGGGGUUCGACUUUAUCUCCUGACUGCAAUGGAAAUGAUGAGAUUGAAUCUGUUGCACGGAAUUAUGCGGAGAUUAUUGUUAUUCGUCACGGUGAAACUGAAUGGAACGCUGAUCAUAGAAUUCAGGGACACCUGGAUGUGGACUUAAAUGAUAUUGGGAGGCAGCAAGCCUAUGUAGUUGCUGAACGGCUAUCAAAGGAGCCUAAAAUUUCUGCAGUAUACUCAUCGGACUUGAAACGAGCAUUCCACACAGCAGAGAUCAUAGCAAAGUGUUGUGGGGUACUUGAGGUUGUCAAAGAUCCAGACUUGCGGGAAAGGCAUUUGGGUGACCUUCAAGGUAUUGUGUUUCACGAAAUAGCCAAAAUCAAACCUGAGGCUCACAAAGCAUUUAUAUCUCAUAGGAGGGAUCAAGAAAUUCCAGGUGGUGGAGAAAGUCUUAAUCAGCUUUGUGAACGCUGUACAUCAGGCUUACAAAGGAUCGCAAAGAAACACCUAGGCGAGCGAGUAGUUGUAGUCACUCAUGGUGGUACCAUCAGAGCACUUCAUAGACGGGCUUCUUCACAUGGGCAGUCUGUUGGGAAGGUUCUAAAUACUUCUGUCAAUGUUUUUCACUUGUCUGCUGAAGAUGAAUGGAGCAUUAAAUCCUGGGGUGAUGUGAGUCAUCUCAAACGGACUGGAUUUCUGGAGUCGGGUUUUGGUGGGGACAGCACAUCCGGUUAGCUCUUAAAUGACUCACUUUGACAUUGCAUUCUUUGAGACCAUUCUCAGAACACACUAUUUGAAGAAACUAAAACAUUAUAUUGUUUGCAAUUAAUGAUUUGUAAAGAUGCUUUGAAACUCUUAAUUGCAUUGUAACAGUUAAAAUAAAAAUCGUAAAAGUGACAAAAUAUUGUCUAAAACAAAAUUUGUCGGUUUAAUUAUCAAUUACCGUACAGAGACAUAA